CUCUCUCUCUCUCUCUCACACACACACACAUACAUACGCACAUGCACACACAGACACUAACGCGGGCAUAACGCAGAGACACAGAGACAGAGACAUGCAGUAGAGAACUUGGAGCAAGCUAAGCUGUAUAACAGAGCCAGCAGAUCACACAACAGCAGCAGUGACUGUUAAAUGUUCUCAACAGUAAGAUGCACGUCUCGGCUAACUGACAACAGAAAACAAUAACAACAAAAACAGUGCCAUCACCACUGCCGCCGCCACCACCAUUAGCAAGAACAAGAACAACACACUUAAACAACAAAUACAAUUACAACAACAAUAUCACCAACAAAAACAACAACAACAACAUUAUCAAAACCAACAGCAUUGAUAUUAAGCAACAACUACCACAUCAACAAAAAACAACAACUGUUUCAAUUACUUCAUCACUAAAACAUUAACAAGAAUAACAACAAUAUUUAUAACACAAACAUAAGAAGCAAUAAUAACAACAACAACAAAAACAAAAUUUACAACUAUGGGAUUUUAACUACAACGACAACAACAAGAAGGAGGAAAACAGACAGAUCAGGCAUCCAUGCGAAAUCUAAAACAGUCCUUGUUGGAAUUUAUGUCAAUGUUUUUGUGACAUUAUUUCCGGAUAAGAACAUGCUGAUAAAAAUCUAUGCAUUUCUCUUUUUGCUGCAGGCAUCUUUAUGCAUAGAUUUAACAUAUUAUGUGGAAGAAGGUCAGAACCCCGGGAGUUAUAUUGGUGAUAUUGCUGCCGACACACAUUUAGUGAAUGGUGUUCCUUUGAAGGAUCACAGUUUGUUUUGGUUUCAACAGCUCCAGAAAGGAAAUGAGAGCAGCUCAAAGUUAUUUAAUAUUUCCAAAAGUGGGAAACUUUAUACUGCUCAGAUAUUAGAUGCUGAGUCCCUUUGUAAAUACAACACUGAAUGUUUCAGGAUGGUCGAAGUGGCUGUGAGAAAUAGGGAAUCGUUUGUGAAGAUUUUAGAAAUUAAAAUUAUUAUAAAAGAUGUUAACGAUAACAGACCAGACUUUCAGAGCAAAGAAUUUCAUUUGGAAUUUACAGAAAGUGAUAUGAAGGGUACGACGAAAUUUAUUCCAAAUGCCAUUGACAGAGAUGUUGGCAUUUUGAAUUCUCAGUUGAAAUAUCGGCUGAGAAAGGAAAUGUCGGAGCCAUUUACAUUGUCUGUUUCUAGGAAACACGAUGGUUCUACAGAACUCGGAAUCGUUUUGGAAGAGAAACUAGAUAGAGAGCUUAAAGAUUCUUAUCAUGUACAGGUGGUUGCCAAUGACGGUGGGCUGCCCUGCGUAUUAGAUGUUUCUAUAUCAGUCGCUGAUAUUAAUGAUAACAGACCAGUUUUUAGCCAGAAUAUCUAUAACAUUACAGUAAACAACGGCCACUUGAUAUAUAUACCUGUAGUUAUACUGUCGGCAAAAGACUUGGAUUCCGGGAAAAAUGGACGAAUAUCGUAUUAUUUCAGCACCAAGUCAUCAGCUCUGGACAUAUCUUAUUUUGAGCUGAAUAAAACAUCAGGAGAACUUUUUUUACAUCAAAAGUUCUUCACAGAACCUAAGAAAAGUUACAAGCUGUUGAUUGAGGCUCGUGACGAGGGUAUACCACCACUCAGUUCAACAGCUAUAGUACUUGUUAAUGUCAUCAACCAACAAAACAAUGCUCCUGAUAUAGAUAUUAACUUCAUUUCUCUUACUACCAAUGAUGUCGCCUCUAUUUUUGAAGGAGUCAAAGUUAACAGCUUUAUUGCUUAUGUCAAGGUUACAGACAAUGAUAUUGGUCAGAAUGGAGAAGUGACUUGUGAACUCGAGCACGAUAAACUCCAACUUCAAAGUCUAGGAAAGAUGAAAUAUAAAAUUGUCAUAAAAAGCCACAUUGAUCGAGAAAUUGAUAAUUUUUUACAUUUUACGAUUACAUGCCAAGACAACGGGACUCCUCCUUUGCGAACAACUAAGAAUUUUUCCAUCCAAGUAAUGGAUGUCAAUGACGUACAUCCACAGUUUACCAAGGAUACAUUUAAAUUUUUAAUUUUCGAAAAUGAAGAACCUAAUUUUCCCAUUGGUUUUAUAAAUGCCACAGAUCCAGACCUCGAUUCUGGCAGUGAACUGACAUAUUCUUUGUUGAACAACCAAGGCUAUCUUCUUCCAUUUGAAAUAUCUAAUUUUGGUUUCAUCUCCACCACUCAGUCACUGGACAGGGAGCAACAAGACGUUUAUAAAUUUAAAGUUUUAGUCAAAGACAACGGGACUCCUUCGUUGAACAACACAGCAAAUGUUGUGGUUGAAGUCAUUGAUAAAAACGACAACGCACCAUAUUUUACAUUUCCCAGUGUGGAUCCUUUCAAUCUAGAUGUCCAUUAUCAUCCACAGGGUAAGAAUGACAUUACAGCACUAAGAGCCUCUGAUAGAGACAGUCAUGUCAAUGCUUUCCUCCAAUAUGAAAUACUUGGAGGAAAUGACAAACAAUUAUUUGCUGUGAACCUUUACACGGGAGUUUUGUCUUUCUCCCGUCCAGUUUAUCAAAACGAUGCAGGAUCGUAUAACCUCCAGUUUGUAGUCAAAGACAGCGGUGCACCAGUUUUAUCAGCAACCAGCACCCUUUCUUUAACCCUUACAGUAAGCAACAAAACAUCAAAGAUGUUUACUGCAGUUCACAAACAGUCUGAUGAUAAAAUACACAUCAAUUUACUGAUUAUUAUGUUAGUAGCAACAGUAAUAGUAGCUUUGGUAGUAGUCAUAUCAAUAACUGUAUGUAUUGUUCGAAGAAACAAUCUCAGAAAUAAUCAAUACACUAGCGGAGUUGAUGGUUCUAAACUAUUUAGUCAAAAUAAUCUGUCAGAAUAUAUUUGCGGGCAAGUGGUGCCACAAUAUGAUGUGCCAGUGACUGUUGUAUCGGAACAGGAGCAUAACAGAAGUUCACAAAGUACACUACUGCGACAAGAUCCUCAGUUAGUAAAAAAAUCUGGACAAAGCUGGAAAAUACCUCCUCCAGGAACACAAUUACCAAAUACCAUGCAGGUGGCAGCACAGAAAACCCCUCAACGCAUAGCAGCGGCACCUGAUGUCGAAAAAGAGAACCGUACAGUUGCUACUCUCUCAAAUUCUUACAGCGGUAAAGGUUUACUUAACAGAGAUGCAAGACUCUAUGAGGAAUUACCAGGGCAUAAGUCUUCCCAGUUACAUACACUCAGCCGAGGUAAACAUACCAAUCCGACCACAAAGGGUUCAAACGAAGGUAAUAUCUGCCCGAACCCAACAUCCAAUGACGUCAUUGACUUGAAGUCAAUCCGGGUGACCAGUGCCAGUCCCAACAUCCCUUCACAGCACUGGAAUUUACCAAUGAGGAAUAGUUUUACAUCUUAUGCAAAGCCUUUACCUGCAGUACCCAAGUAGGACACCAAAACAGAGUUAAUGUAAUUGCAACCAGUUCUGAAGAUCACUACUACCAUAGCCCAUCAACAAGAAGACGACCAAUGAAACAGUGAUUUGUUAUCGAUCCUUUUGGCGCCUCAACCGGAAGUUACAACCUCCCCUCCACUACUUCGUGAGAUGUGGAAGGUGACACAAAACACAUGAAGUGUCGACCACUAUAUUAGUAAGAGAACAAUACAAAAUAAAGCAACGACCCAAAUCCAUUUUGAAACUCGUUAUAAAUACAUUCAU